AUGACACCAAUGUCAUCGGGCUGGUGUCUGGGUGGUUGGGGCCACGACACAGAGAAGUUGAAGGCGCUGAUGCAGCUGGCGGACACGGCAGCAGAGGCGCAGCAGUUGAGGGACGAGAUGAAGGUGAAGGCGCUGAUGCAGCUGGCAGACACGGCAGCAGAGGUGCAGCAGUUGAGGGACGAGGUGGCGGCGCUGCAGCAGGAAGUGCGGAAGCGAGACGAGAUCAACGCCAGAGAGUGA